AAGAGUGGUGAUUAAUAAUCAAACAGACGCUGUUCAUUAAAUUCAAAGCAUCGGAACAGACAAGAAGCUGCCCUCUAAUCAGCAAAACUAAAAAACAACUAUUUGGAGGUAAACAUUGUUCUCAUUUCUAAUAGUUUACCAGAAUCAGCCAUGAAAUGCGGACUGUUUUUGCUUUUGGCUUCGGUGAUUGCCUUUCAAAAUCUCGCGGUUACAAAUGCCAACCCAAAUAGUCUGCCAGAGGAAGUAAAGACAAAUCCAUAUUUAAAAGAAAUCUAUAAUCAAGUUGAAAGGGUUGGGCGACUGCAAUGGUUCAAGGUGGACCGAUUUUUAGUUACCGAUUACUUAAGCAAAAAUGGCGGAGACCAAUUGUUAAACAUCAAACAAAAAAUUAGUUGGAUCUCAAUGCAAUACGACAUUGCAAUGAAUAUGGCAAGGGACUUUAAUAACUACGACCUACAGUAUUUUGCUAAUAUCCACGUUACGAAGCGAAAUUAUGGUAAUCUUAAGGUUAUGGACGAGCUUCACCUCAAACUGUUCGGAAAUGAGGAUUUGAUUGGUAAACUGGCCAGCGGCAACCAGCUGUUACAAGAGUAUACUUGCCGAUUGCAACAAUCUCCCCAGCAAUUUCUUUACUCGCUGUAUGUGGACUACAUCCACAUCGAACUGAAAGCCCAUUUGUUGAUGGAAUGGUCCUGGAUGUUUCUCAGGAAGUUUGGACAGGGAGGAUCCAUCGAGGAUGAAAGCAGAUUCCGAAGAGCCUACAAGCGAAGGACGCCGAGCACUCUUCCCAGGAUCAUGGACCUGAUGAGCCGAGCAGAUCGAUCCGUGUGGAGUUGCGAUUCAAGGGAGCACUACACUUAUACGGAGGUCACCCGACUGCUGCAGGGUUACAUAGCGAACGAGGUGGACUUGAGCCCAUAUGGAACCUGCUGGAGUGACUGCGCCCACUACAAAUCCAUCAAGUCUGAAGGCGGCUUUGACGAUAACCUAAACUUCGAGCAGCCAAAAUGCUCUGGUCGAGUGUACGACUGUAGAUCUGUCGAGUCCAACAUGAAGGUUUGUUCGGCGGAGUACUUCUCCAACAGGCGUUACCAGUUCAUCCAGUACGAAAGUGGAAAAGUGCACGGCAAAGGAGGCAGUUGCAGCACGAGGUUUCACAAUGCAAACAGCUGGAAUCGAUGGGUUUUCUGGAAAUGCAGCUACUGCCUUUGCUUGUGCGAUGAGAAAGAUCAGGGAACUCAGUCGGAUCGCUAUUUCAACCUGAGACCUGUCAUCGCUGAUGUGGAGAGAAACAGGGUCGUGACGGGCGUUCGAUUUGAGAAGCUCAAUCGCGUUUUCCACCUCCUGAUUCAGGAGGGCGAACUCCAGCCAUUUGGAGUCAUCAAUGAGACCACCCUGCAGUGGAAACCCGUGGAUGGGUACAGCAUAACCGACAAGGAUGUGCAAGAGGGCGUCGACUUUCACAUGCUGACCUACGAGAAGCGAUCCGUAGAUCUAGAUGAACUAAAAUCAGAAAACAACUCCAUGGUUACUGGACUGCGGUUCAAGGUGAGAGGAACCCAUCUUCAUCUCGAGGCUCAAUUCAGCAGAGUUGACUUUCAGAGCGGUUUGCUCAUCGCGCCGAAAACAACAAGCUACUGGGUGUCUGGGAGCAACGAUCAACCCAGGCAUAAACUGUCCCCCAAAGACGCCGAAUUGUCCACACGAUCCCCCGUUCCAUCGAAACCUUUGCCAAGUGAAAACCACUUUAUCGAAUUCACCAAUUCGGGUUUUGAGCAGGAUGUUGGCCAAUCCACGGUGCCAUUCAUCGACAUUCAGGACGUCUUUUCGUUUCCGGCGGUACCUCUAUCCGGUAUUGGCUUAUAUUAUAAGGGACAAGAUGGCUUUGGUGGCUUCCUGGCCCCCAAGUUAAUCACCUAUGACUUCACGCCCCAUGUCCAGCUGCCCUCUUGGGAAUCUAUGCAGACGUAAUUGCAUUUAAAAGAUGUUUUGUUAUUCCUUAUUCCAAUGCAACAGUCAAAUAUGUUGCAAUAGACAUAGCAUUUCCAGCAUUUCUUUGCAAACUAAAGUUUUGUAUACCCUUGCAGCUAUAAUUAUUUUAAAAAUGUUUCUAAUAUAAUAAUAUAUUAUUAAAUC